UUUUUUACCGUCACUGCUAACCUCAAUCGGAUGAACACUUUUUGACAGUCCAGCAGUACUGUUUGUAAACAGAAAUUUCUUUUGUUUGUUUAUUGACAAAUUGGAUCAGACCAUUUACGGUCUGUAUCGCCUAAAUGAAGUUUUAAAACAGUUGUUCACGAUUGAAUACGGUUCGUUUUUGAUAUUUAUUAAAUAAAUGUGACUAGUUGCAAAGUGUAAAGAUGAUUGUUUUAGAUGUGCUCUUCGAUUUUUGUUUAAGCUUGUUUGUAAACAGUACCGCUGAACUGUCAAGGAUGAAUACUUGUUCAUUUGUGUCGUCACGAUAAAAAACCUAAUAAUAAAAAAUAGUAAAGGUUUUGAAUUCACGCAUUGUUAGAUUUUUCUAAUAGUUCUAGACAAAAGUAGUGUAAUAUAAUGGAUGGUGCACAAAACACCACUGAAUGUUCAACUGGCGAGACUUCUGUGGAUUGUCUCGAUGAUCAGGCCGCUAAAAAAGAAAUUCUGGAAUACAUUGCUGAAAUUGAAGCCAAGUAUGCGCAAAAGGCAUCACUUCGCUUUCAAAAUCAGGCUCCGGAGCGGCCACCUGAAUCACACUUCACUAAAUGUGAUUCCAGUUUGAAGAAAAACACCGCAUUCGUGAAAAAACUUAAGCAGUUUACUGCUUCCCAACUAGACGGUCUACUGAAGGACAUGUCGGGACUGAAUUUGACAAAGUACAUCUCGGAAGUUAGUGCAGCAAUCGUCGAGGCAAAACUAAAGAUGAGUGAUGUUGCUUCUGCUUUGAUAUUGUGCAGUAAACUUCAUCAGACGUACGCGGACUUCAGUGCAAGUUUUUACGACAGUUGGCAAAAGAUACUGCAUGUGAAAGCCGGAGAAAAAAUCGGAAAUCCCAGUAAAAUGCGUGUCGAUUUGAGGUUCUACGGUGAACUUAUAAGUGUUGGUAUAUUCACUAACAAACUUGGUCUCCCACUGUUAGGAGCUUGUCUUACUGGACUAAUUUCUCAAGAUAAAGAAGAGCACAGCAAUUUGUCUAUCAUACUUUCUUUUUGUCGUCAUCUUGGCGAUGAAUAUGCGGGACUAAUUCCUAAACGAAUGCAAGAAUCAGCCAAAAAGUAUUCACUGACUAUUCCUGGAUCAACCCUACUUCCUCCGGACAAACAAAACAAUUUGAGGAAUCUUUUGAAGGAUUAUUAUCAAACACUUAGUGAACAUCUAAAAAAUGAGCACCGGCAACUGCAGUAUGCAGAAAAAUCAAAAAGGAGGAUGCUCGAAUCGAAAGGAGAAGUAUCCAACGAUAAAAAGGAACAAAUUGAGAUGCUACAGAAUAAUUACGAAAAACUUCUUUCCUUUACACAAACAUUGGCCGAUUUAUUAAAUGAGAGCCUGCCAGAGUUGACAGUUGAAAUAGAGAUGUGUUCUACUGAAGGAAACGUUAUUGAGAGUGCUGUAGAUGAACAAUUCGCAAAUAUGGACCCUUGGGGUGAUGAAGAUACGAGAAACUUUUAUGUCAAUCUCCCUGAUCUGCGUCAGUUCUUGCCUAACUAUUGCGGUAAAAAGGAAGAAUUAGUUCCGGACGAACCGGCGAUUACCGAAGAAGUUUUAGACAUGGAUGUUGAACCAGAAGCAGAAGAUCUUCCGGAUCCACCGGUAGAAUUUUCGGAAACAGUCGAUGGUGAAGAUGAAACAGUAACCGCACCAAACACUCCCCAUCAUCACGCCAAUCGCGAGUACUUUGAAGCAUUCAUAGGAAAUCUACAAAACUGUGUCAAUAUGGAACUGAUUGAUUCAGCGGCCAUAGACUUUUUACUUAAUUUGAACACAAAAAACAACCGGAAACGGGUUGUUAAAGUUUUGUUCGGAGUGCAGAGAACCAGACUCGAUUUAUUGCCAAUGUAUGGACGCUUUGUUGCGAUAUUAAAUCUAGUUUCUCCCGACGUCGCAGUCGAUUUGUGUCAGAUGUUGAAAGUAGAUUUCAAGUAUCAAAUCAAGAAAAAGGAUCAGAUUAAUAUUGAAACGAAAAUCAAAGUAGUACGAUAUAUCGGUGAGCUGGUUAAGUUCGGAAUUUAUAACAAGAUUGAGGCUCUCUUUUGCUUGAAAUGUUUGUUGCACAAUUUUCAACACCAUCAUAUAGAGAUGACCUGUGCAUUUUUGGAGGUUUGUGGAGUUUAUUUGUACAACAGCAGAGAGAGUCGUCUUCGCACCAACGUUUAUCUGGAGCAGAUGAUGCGAUUGAAAACAAACACUACGAUGGACAGCAGACACGCUCAGCAAGUAGAAACGGCAUAUUAUCUGGUGAAACAACCGGAAGGCAUGCGAAUUCAGCGCAAAGUACGUCCGUUGGUCCACACAUACAUUCGGCAUCUUAUAUUCGAAGAGUUGAAUAAGUCGAAUGUAGAUAAAAUGAUCAGACAGUUGAGGCGUUUAAAUUGGGAAGAUCGAGAUACUCAUAAUUACACUGUGAAAUGCCUUUCGAAGGCUUACAGCAUUCGCUAUCACCUUAUCCGUAGUUUAGCAGAUCUUGUUUCUGGGUUGAGCUCGUAUCAGGAGAAAGCUGUUAUAAAGGUGAUUGAUGCUGUUUUCGAAGAUAUACGAGCAGGAUUGGAAAUUCAUGAUACCAAACUUGCUCAGCGAAGAAUAGCUAUGGCCAAGUAUCUUGGUGAAUUGUACAACUAUCGGUUGGUUGAAUCGGGAAACGUUUUGAAUACCCUUUACUCCAUUAUAUCAUUGGGAGUUAGUUUCAAUCACGAAGUUCCGUCGGAAGUUGAUCCACCUGGUAGCUUAUUUCGUCUUAAGCUUGUGUGUGUUCUUUUGGAUACUUGCGGGCAAUAUUUCACCAGCGCUUCCAGUAGAAAAAGAAUGGACUAUUUCCUAAUAUUUUUUCAGCACUACUACUGGUUCAAAAAGUCAGAUCCCAUUUUUACAAGUGAUACGAACAACGAUUUGUUUCCUAUCUUGAUUGAUCAUAUGUAUAAGGAAUGCUUUAAGAAUCUUCGUCAGAAACUAAAGCUCUUUACUACGUACGAUGCUGCCAAGGAAGCAGUCGAAGCAUUGCGGAAGAAACUUUAUCCGAAUUUGUUCAACAUAAAAGACGAUGAUGACCGCAGUCUCAAGCCAAUACAGGAAAAUGAGUCCGACAAAGAAGACACGGUGACUGAGGAUUGUACAUCUGAAGCUUUCGGUGACUCUGAGGAUGAUGACGAGAACCCGCGAAUUCAACGGGAUGACGAAGAAGUAAUGGAUGACGAUCUAGAAGAUGACGAUGGUUUCACUGAAGAAUUAGAAACUCUGGAUAAAUGUUCUCCAACUGAAAAGACCAUCGAGGACCUGGAGUUUGAGAAAGAAUUCGAACGCAUGGCCACGGAAAGUUUUCUAGAACGACUGAAAGAACCUGUAAAAAUGAACACCAAGGACAUCCCUGUUCCAUUGACUAUGAGAAGUAGUGGAGCUAAGAAAACUUACGAGCAAUUACAUGAAACAAAAGAAAAACAAGAUACCGUUCCAUUUGUACUAAUGGUGAGGGGAAAAGGAAAACAGCAGCAAUAUAAAUCAUUUGAAGCGCCUUCCAAUAGCCAGUUAGCAAUCUACCUGAAGGACCAGGAGCAAAAAAUUAAAGAGGAAAACGAUAGCGUCAAACGAUUGACAUUGAAUAUAACUGAACGUCUCGAGGAAGAAGAUUAUCAGGAAUCCCUUUUGCAAAGUCAGCGCUCGCCGGCGAGUAGUAAAAUUAGAAUUCAAAAGGCACCUAAGUUUAAACACCCCAAAGGAGUCCCCGAUGUAGAUGCAAUCUUUCAUUGAGUUCAUCAUACUGAGUAUGAUUGUGUAACAAACAAGGCCAAGU